AAAGGCAUGAAGUAUCGAUAAAAGAUAUCAAGCAUCGAAUGCUGCGGGAGGAAAAAAUUAAAUGAAACUGUAUUGAAGCAAAGUUAAAAAGUUUAUUUUAUUUAUUGCAGUUCACAAGAUGAUCGCCACGCCCGUGUAGUGACUCGAGGUCAGACGUGGAGGCGGCUUCGACGCAGUCGCUCAUCCUCUUGGGCAGUUUGCCUCGUAACCUGCACUCGUCUGAUUUCCUGUUUUUAAAAAUAAUUGUGCAAGUGGGCUACUGAAUAAAAUAAAUAAAAAAGAAGAUAAUUUGAGUGAAAAAAAGUGUGCAAUAAUUACUGCAGAAAGUGAGACAUAAAAAAAUGGCUAGAAAAAAAGAAGCCAUUGACUAUGUCUGUAUUUAAUUUUAUAAAAUAAUAAAUUUGUUGUCUGUUAAUCGUUAAAAAUUUAUAUCAGUGCAAGUGUUAUUAAAUUUACAUGUGAGUUAAAUGUAAUUGUCAACGAGGUUAUACGUGCGUGAAUGCUCAACCGGUGACGUGAAAAUUCAGCGUCAACUUCAGUCACGGCUUUAUAUAUUUAUCCACAUCCAGGUUACAAUUUCAUUUAUGGAUAAAAUAUAUCUAUAUAUAUGUACGGUUAGGAGUGACGUUUGCUUUCAGUAGACACGAUUUUUGGGUAAUUCUGGUGGACAGUUACCCCAGUGGGAGUGCAUGGACUCUCAGUCUGAGUCUCUUGUCACAAUGGCGGAUGACGAAGUGCUGUUCGACGAUGUUUAUGAGUUAGGAGAAAUAAUUGGCAAGGGACCAUUCAGUUUAGUAAGAAAAUGUGUUUUAAGACUAACUGGACAAAUAUUCGCUGUAAAAAUAGUCGACGUUGCAAAAUUUACAUCAAGUCCCGGAUUAAGUACCGCUGAUUUAAAAAGAGAGGCGACAAUAUGUCACAUGUUGAAGCACCCACACAUCGUGGAGCUGUUGGAAACGUACAGCUCCGAGGGGAUGUUGUAUAUGGUGUUCGAAUAUAUGGAUGGUUCAGACCUUUGUUUCGAGGUGGUGAGACGCGCAACCGCUGGAUUCGUUUACAGUGAAGCCGUAGCUAGUCAUUAUAUGAGGCAAAUUUUAGAGGCUCUCAAAUAUUGUCAUGAAAAUGACAUUAUUCAUCGAGAUAUAAAACCACAAUGUGCAUUGCUAGCCGGUAAAGAAAACUCGGCGCCUGUUAAAUUGCGGGGAUUUUGUGUCGCUACACAACUACCAGCUUCUACAAACAAUACAGAGAAUUACACGACCGAGUAUCGUCAGUACCUCAGCCCAAAGGGGCAGCUGUACUUGAAGACCGAUAGCGAGGGGAGAGUAGGCUGCAGGCAUUUCAUGGCUCCCGAAGUGAUUCAACGUCGACAGUACGGAAAGCCAGGGGACGUUUGGGCCGCUGGGGUCCUCUUACACGUAUUAUUGACUGGUACUCUGCCGUUCCUGGGAUCUGGUGAUCGUUUAAGAGAGGCAAUAUGCCGAGGACGUGUUCAAAUGGAAUCUCCGAUAUGGGAUUACAUUGGUGAGCCAGCGAAAGAUUUGAUAGAAAAAAUGUUGACAGUUGAUGUCAACCAUCGGAUAACGAUACAAGAAGUUCUUAAUCACAAGUGGCUUAGAGACCGAGACAAGGGUGCUGCGCGAAUUCAUUUAAGUGAAACUAUUGAGGAAUUGAAAAAAUUUAACUCUAGAAGAAAGCUCAAGGAAUCUGUUAGAAAAGCCAUUGACUCAUCCAAGUGGCACUUAGAUAAUUCUAGUGAUAAUUUUUCCGACGUCGGCGACGAUGAUAUUAUUUCCAAAGAUGCUGUAGAUGAAAUAUUGGACUCUCUAGAUGACAUAGAAAUUUUACAAGAGAGUGCGAGGCUCACUCGUGCUGAAGUGCUUUCUGCUGUCGAUGAUUAUUGGCUGCGUGGACUAUUGGAGUUGUACGACAGGAUCGAGACUAAAAUAAUUCCAACGCCGACUCGACCACCGCCAACAGAUGCCUCAAUUCGCUUGCGGGAAGUGGAGGAAUUAUUACGAGAAUUGGAAUUGUCCAAAUUUCGUAAUAUCGAUCUCUGUGAUUUACAUGAACUACAGGAAUUGCUCAGUCAACCUCAUAUUAAGUCAUUAUUGCAAGCUCACGAUGUAGCAGGCCACGAAGUUUACGGAGAAGAAGCGACGCGGGUGACUCCUCCUCCUUUGUUUCCGUACCUCAACGGCGGAGAUGACAUCGAGGGCCAAAAUGGAGACAUGGAUGUCGAAAAUGUCACCAGAGUUAGGCUGGUACAGUUUCAGAAGAACACCGACGAGCCCAUGGGAAUAACACUUAAGAUGAAUGAAGACGGAAAAUGUGUGGUAGCGCGAAUCAUGCACGGCGGAAUGAUUCACAAACAAGCGACCCUCCAUGUACUCGAUGAAAUAAAAGAGAUCAAUGGUGUUCCUGUUGCGAAUCAAUCCGUAAAUGCGCUUCAAAAAAUGCUGCGUGAAGCACGUGGAUCUGUGACAUUUAAAAUUCUACCCUCGUACAGGAUCGCUCCACCACCAUGCGAGUUGUUCAGGAUUAGGCCUCUGCCAGUAUUAAUAUUUGUACGCGCUCAAUUUGACUACGACCCACUGGAGGACGAGCUGAUACCGUGCGCUCAAGCCGGAAUCGCAUUCAAGACCGGCGAUAUUCUACAAAUUAUCAGCAAGGACGAUCACCAAUGGUGGCAAGCGCGCAAAGACAAUGUCGCGGGUUCCGCCGGGCUCAUUCCAUCUUCAGAGCUUCAGGAGUGGAAGAUCUCCAAUAUGGCUAUGAAGAAGAACAAGCCGGAACAAGAUGCUGAAGGGGAAGGUGGAUGCUCACCUCACACCGAGGGCUGUGACAGCUCGACAGUCAAUUGCUCAAUUUUUGGCCGCAAGAAAAAACAGUACAAGGACAAAUAUUUGGCGAAGCAUAAUGCGGUAUUCGACCAGCUGGAUCUGGUUACUUAUGAAGAAGUUGUUAAAGUACCACAUGAAGCAUUUCCACGAAAGACACUAGUAUUACUAGGAGCACAUGGUGUUGGUCGACGUCACAUUAAAAAUACAAUUAUUGCCAGGCAUCCAGACAAAUAUGCCUAUCCAAUUCCGCAUACAACGAGGCCUCCACGAAACGACGAAGAGAGUGGACGCAAUUACUAUUUUGUCACACAUGAUGAAAUGAUGACGGAUAUCAGCGCUAAUGAAUACUUAGAAUACGGUACACACGAGGACGCAAUGUACGGUACCAAGUUAGAUACGAUAAGAAAAAUCCACGAAGAAGGAAAAAUGGCUAUUCUAGACGUUGAACCUCAAGCAUUAAAAAUACUUCGUACCGCUGAGUUUGCUCCUUAUGUUGUUUUUAUCGCUGCACCCAUCGUACAAAAUCUUAAUGACUACGACGGAAGUCUGGAAAGACUUGGAAAGGAGUCGGACAUGCUGAAGCAGGCGUACGGACAUUUCUUCGAUCUGACGAUCGUCAAUGACGAUAUUGAUGAGACGAUUGCUCAGCUGGAAGGCGCAAUCGAUAAAAUACAAAAGACACCGCAGUGGACGCCAGUGAGAUGGGUCUACUGACAACGAUCACCCUCACGUAAUAAUGAUCCCUUAAAUUAUUACUAAUUAUUAAAAUAAAUAAAU